ACCUUCUUCAUAAAAAAAAUUAUAGCUGCCAGAAUUUUCUUAUCCUUGUGGCCCAUGUUUUGCCGGAUCAAUUAGGUUGUUCUUUUUUCUGUUCUGAUAUGGGCCUUUAGGUCAUUUUAUUUGGAUCCUCUGAAGUAAGUAGAUGGACUGAUAAAAGCCAGAUGGCCUAGCCCAACAUUACUAAAACCUCUGGUUGGUCAUUUCAUGAAAAUACUAUGGGGUUGGGUUCAUGAAGUUGGGCCAUAGCCUAUAAUAUGCAGACUAUUUGUCAUUUAAAUCCAAUAAUAUUUGCAUGCUUCCAUUUUUUGACAGAAGAUUUGCAAUGUGAACCACCAACUUAAGAUUUAAUCUGAAUAAGCAGAAGAAGUGGAGGUAAAAGGGCUUGAUAACAGAUUCUGCUUGACAGAUGGCAAACCAGUAGCCAACACAUCUAAUCUCCUAUCCUUUAAGAUAAGCCCCUGUAUACAUAAACAGAUUUCAAUAUCCUUGCUGCCACACCCCCAACUCAUUGAAGGGAAAAUUUUGACCCAAAAUGACGUCUGUUUGUGCUUCUUCUGCUAUUGCAGCUGCUGCCAUCUCAUCCCUUAGUUCACAGAAAACUGGAUCAGUGGUGGGGACAACAAACGCUUCUUUCCUUAGUGGGAAGAAACUAAGAUCAGUGAGAAAGUACACAGCACCAACCGGAGCACGAACAGUUGCGGUGUGUGCAGCAGCAGACCCCGGCAGACCUCUUUGGUUCCCAGGCAGCACUCCUCCUCCAUGGCUUGAUGGCAGCCUCCCUGGAGACUUUGGUUUUGAUCCUCUAGGUCUUGGAUCUGACCCUGAGACCUUGAGAUGGAACGUGCAAUCAGAGAUUGUGCACUGCAGAUGGGCAAUGUUGGGAGCUGCUGGUAUUUUCAUCCCAGAGUUCCUAACAAAGAUUGGUAUUUUAAACACUCCUUCAUGGUAUUCAGCUGGAACAGAGGAAUACUUCACUGACACCACAACCCUCUUCAUAGUUGAGCUUAUUUUCAUCGGCUGGGCAGAAGGGAGAAGAUGGGCUGACAUUCUCAAGCCAGGCUGUGUAAACACCGACCCCAUCUUCCCUAAUAACAAGCUUACCGGGACUGACGUUGGGUACCCUGGUGGUCUAUGGUUUGACCCUCUUGGCUGGGGAACCGGUUCUCCUGAGAAGAUCAAGGAGUUGAGGACUAAAGAGAUCAAGAAUGGUAGAUUGGCUAUGUUGGCUGUGAUGGGUGCAUGGUUCCAACACAUCUACACUGGCACUGGACCUAUUGACAACCUAUUCGCCCACCUUGCCGAUCCUGGUCAUGCUAACAUUUUUGCUGCUUUCACCCCCAAGUGAGACACAACAAAGGAGAAAGAAAAUGUUGGAGAAACAUUGAUGAUCAUACCUUUGCCUAAUUAGCGAGGAGAUAGAAAGAUGUGUGCUUUUAUGGGGAGAUGUUUGUUAUCAGUAGAGAUUGUAAUGCCUUUGUAUGUUCUAUAGAUGCUCCAGUGAUGUACAAAUACCUCUGUGGAAUUAGAUGCAAUGAAUAUUUAUUGAGGUUAACCAACAUUAAUUGGCUACUUAGUCCGAGCUUUUUCUGUGAAAGGAAUGAAAUCUUGAAAACUGGUAAUCAGAACUCAAAAGCCUGAAAAUGUCGCAAAAUCCAUAGAUCAGGGCCCAAAAGAUCAAUCUAGUCAUUUGCAAUUACCACUGUUAACACUUCAAAUAAUCCUCAUUGAUGAAGCACCUACUCGAUCUAACUGCUUCAACUUUCAAACACCUGAUACUCUCCUCGGAACCUCAUUACAGGAAAACAGUCGUAAAGAGUUGCAAUGUUAAUUGCAUUCCAUAUCGUCACCUGCCGACAUGAUCCUAGGAGUGUUUCUUUCUUUUUUUCUUUUUUUUUUUUUGGGUAUAUGCCUGUGAUAUUGGGUUGUAAAAUGAGAGAUAAAUCUCUGCCAUCCCAUAAAUUCCACAAGACCCAUCUCAAGAUUUGAAUUCAUGAACUAGUAGAGUUUCAUAAUUGGUCAGAUUGGUCUCCUGCAAAAUGGAAAUUUGGUUCUCCAUUCUUCAGGUACAACGUAUCUGGGUACAUUUUUGAACUACAUGUUUUUAGAUGACCUCCAAAAAGGGAAUGGUGAAUGAUAUUGAAUAUGUAGCAGCAGCCAUAUGUCGAGUGUCGUCAUCGUUGACUUACUCAAUUGCCUUUCAGAAAUCUGGUUGAACAAAAAUGGAAAUUUUUUUUUUUUUAAAAGUGCUCAUUGUUACUUGACGCUUUUGUGUGGAGAAUGAGCUGAGAUUAUAAGUUACAACCUGCCUAAAAUCUUGAAUAUAUUGUUUUAUACGAUAAUCAAUUACUGCUGACGACUUCAUGUCUUCAAAGAUAUGGAAAACAUCAAUUUCUAGAAGAAGGCAGCCUCUUAGUCAUGUAAAAGAAAUAGAACAAGGGGGCUCAACGUGCCGUCAGGAGUGCAAUAAGCAUGUGGUAGAUUUAUCCUGAGAAAUUAUGCAUGCAUGUGCAUAUUCGUUGGCAAUCCUGACCGGCUGAGUCUGACCCAGUCGCCCAAAACUAUGGAAGAAACUUCUUUCAUUCAUGAUUCACCUUCCAACGCACUUGAAAUCUGGCUUGACAAGGUCAAACACAAGUGCACCUUUUGACGUACCAACAGUCUGUCUUUUUUUCUUUAAAUACAACAAAAACGAGAAAACCAGCUUUUUUUUAUUUUAACAAAAGAAGCGGUAGUUUUAGGAAUAAAAAAAAUUAGAUUUAACUACCAAAAGAAGCGGUGUGUAUUAAGGAUUGGCUUGUGCCAAUGACAAAAGAUUUUUUUUUUUUUUUUGCAUUUCCAUUAUUCUAUUAUCUAAACCAUGCACCAACUUGAAUAUAUAACAGAAAAAAAAUAGUUCAAUUUGAGAUAGCAACACUUACGGUACAAGCAUCAAAAUUCAUAAGCAUUGUAUUUUUUUUUUUAAUUUUUGCCAGAGCAUAUAAAAAUUAAACUUUAAAUAACUUGGUCUCCGAACUUAGGAUUCAUCUCAAUUUAAUUAUUUAUAUAAUCAUUCAUAGUAUAAAAAAUAAAAAAAUUUAAAUAACUUGGUCUCUUAACUCAAGAUUUAACUCAACGAGUAUCACAUGCAAUCUCCUUUUUAUAUACGUUUUACAUCUUACAACCUCUUUGUACAAAAGUAUCCGAUUUUCGGGUAACAAUAGAUUAAAUUUCAACUGUUUCCUUCGCUUCAAUUACAUAAACAAACACAUCAUCAAGUUCAGUCUUCUUAUUACAUCAUCAAUAUUCACAAAAUUUAAAAAAAAAAAAAAACUUUCAAAUAUUUUUAAGAUUUUUUUAAGAGACCGAUUUUAUAUAUUCACGUAAUUCCUGCCCAGGAAUGUAAAUCUUUACGACAAUUCUCCAAAUUCUUAGUAAACAUAAGCCAACAACGAUAGGAAAAAAAAUUAUAAUUUCCCAUAAUUGACAAUCAACAAAAAAAAAGAUGAGACUAUAGAUAUUUACCUUUUA